AUGGCGAAAAAGAACAUAGAGUAUACAGCCAAGGUGCUCUUUCUCCAUGGCUACACACAGCUGGCGCUGGCGUUUUAUGCCAAGACACUGGCUUUGAGAAAAAAGCUAGCUCAGUACAAGCUCAAAGCAGUCUAUCUCAAUGCACCCAUCCAACUUUCACCAGCUGAACUUCCAACCACCGAUCUGCUUUCCAAGUUUGGCGCAGUAGGUGGAGAUGACGAUGCCUUGAAGUACCGUGCCUGGUGGGUCAAGAAUCCCGAUAACACAUAUGAAAUCGACUCUGCUAUUGAUACCGUGAAGAGGUACAUCAAGGACGGUGAAGUGCUCAAUGAGGAGGGAGUCUACGAGAAGGAGGAGGAUAAUCUUCCUCUCAAUGGUAUUAUAGGAUUUUCACAAGGAGCGUGUUUUGCUGGAGCGUUGGUGCACAAGUUCCACGAGCUUUUCGGCAUCGACCUUGAGUUUGCGGUGCUUUACUCUGGAUUCAAGAUUGACGUUUCGCUUAUGCCAGAUUUCAAAAAGUACUACACGAACGACGAUGGUGCUCUGACGAAACCCCGUCUUUUGCAUGUUGUGGGAGAAUUAGAUACGGUGGUUGGAGAGGAUAGAGCAUACACAUUCUAUGAGACCAGCACGAAGAACCUGGACUUGUUGAAGCAUCCUGGUGGUCAUUUUGUGCCCAAUUCCAAGUUGCUUGUGGACCAGGUUGUCAACUGGAUCCAGGGUGCCGAGAAGGAGGAGGCCAAGAAGGAGGAGAAGAAGGACGAUGUGGAUGACAUUCUUGCGAUGAUGGACAAGGUGGGUGUGUGA